AUGGCGUCUUCCGAGUCUCCCGAGUAUCAGACGAAGAUGCAGAAGUUGGGUGCGGGCGUCAAGAAGGUCCUCGGCCUCAAGGAUGAAUACCCUGUUCCAACUGACCCCGUGACCCGCGGCGAGUCGACCUUCUCCGUCCAGUCGGCAGAGAUGUACUACGACCGGGACCCGACAACGAUGGACUACUUCCGCGAGAUCACCCCCAGUGGCGAGGAUAUAGUCAACUACCUGGUCGGCCUGUUCCCAUUCCUUAGCUGGAUUACCAGAUAUAACGUCCAGUGGUUGGUCGGUGACAUUGUUGCUGGCUUGACUGUCGGUGUUGUCGUCGUUCCUCAGGGUAUGGCCUAUGCUAAACUCGCUACCCUUCCAGUUCAGUUUGGCCUGUACUCCUCAUUCAUGGGCCCCUUGAUCUACUGGUUCUUUGCUACUUCCAAGGAUAUUACCAUUGGUCCUGUUGCCGUCGUUUCGACCCUGGUUGGCCAUAUCAUCGACAAGGCAAAGGUUGAGCAUCCUGACAUUCCUCCAGAGGUUAUUGCUUCUGCCAUUGGUGUUGUUGCUGGUGGUGUCAUCGCCUUCAUUGGUUUGAUCCGAUGCGGCUGGAUUGUUGACUUUAUUCCACUUACGGCUAUCUCAGCCUUCAUGACUGGUUCUGCCCUUAGCAUUGCCACUGGCCAAGUGCCAGCUUUGCUCGGUCUCAGUGGCUUCAGCAACCGAGGAACGACAUAUGAAGUUAUCCUUGGCAGUCUCAAGCACCUUCCGACUAUUCAGAUCGAUGCUGCCAUGGGACUCACUGCCCUUUUCCUCCUUUACCUUAUUCGAUGGGGAUGUGGCUUCAUGGCCAAACGUUAUCCUGCUAAGGCUAAGAUUUAUUUCUUCACUUCUACGCUUCGCGCAGUCUUCGUGAUCCUCCUCUAUACCUUUAUCAGUUUCCUGGUCAACCGAAACCACCGAAAAGACCCAGUCUUCAAGAUCUUGGGUGUUGUUCCACGAGGGUUCCAAAAUGCCGGUAUUCCAGUCCUUAACUCUAGCGUUUUGAGCACUUUCGCUAGCGAGAUUCCAGCUGCCGUCAUUGUCUUGUUGCUUGAGCACAUUGCUAUCUCCAAGUCUUUCGGCCGUGUUAACAACUACACCAUUAACCCCUCCCAAGAAUUCGUCUCCAUUGGUGCCACCAAUAUGCUUGGCCCAUUCCUCGGAGGAUACCCGGUUACUGGUUCUUUCUCCCGUACCGCUAUCUCCUCGAAGGCUGGAAUUAAAACUCCGUUCGGCGGUGUCUUCACUGCUAUGGUUGUCCUCCUUGCCAUUUAUGCCCUCCCUGCUGUUUUCUUCUACAUCCCCAACUCAUCUCUCUCUGCCGUUAUCAUCCAUGCCGUUGGCGACCUUAUUCUUCCCCCAAACGCUGUCUACCAAUUCUGGAAAGUGUCUCCAAUUGAGGUUAUCGUCUUCCUUCUUGGUGUCUUCGUUGCCGUUUUCUCCACCAUUGAGAACGGUAUCUAUGCCACCGUUGCUUUCUCCCUGGGCAUUCUCCUUUUCCGCCUGGUUAAGGCCAAGGGUCAAUUCCUUGGACGGGUGAAGGUCAACUCUGUCAUCGGCGACCACGUCAUCGAUAAUGAUGGAAAAUAUGGCACUUUUGAUGACAGCACCGGCAUACCUGGAGGAUCCAGCAGCCGCAAUGUCUUCCUUCCUCUUAGCCACAAAGAUGGUUCGAACCCUGAUGUCCAGAUUGAGCAUACUCUUCCUGGUAUCUUCAUCUACAAGUUUUCUGAAGGAUUCAACUACCCUAACUCCAACAGUUAUCUUGAUGACUUUGUCGCUCAUAUACUUGAAAAUACUCGCCGCACUAACCCGAACGCGUAUGGUCGUCCGGGUGACAGACCAUGGAACAACCCUGGACCCAAGCGUGGCGAGACCGAAGCCUCAACUGCUGACCUGCCAACGCUCAAGGCUAUCAUCAUGGACUUCUCUUCCGUCAAUAACGUCGAUGUCUCUUCUAUACAGAACUUGGUAGAUGUCAGAGAGCAGCUUGAUCGACAUGCCGCCCCGGAUGUUGUCCAGUGGCAUUUUGCACACAUUAACAACCGAUGGACAAAACGUGCCCUUGCCGCUGCUGGUUUCGGUUAUCCCACCUCGCCUGCUGGAGCUGAGAUCGCAGCCCCACGCUGGAAACCCGUCUUCAGCGUUGCCAACGUCGAUGGAUCCAAUGUCUCCACUACCUCGCUUGAGAUGGAUCCCAAGCAUACCGCUAGAGUCCAUGACGAAGAAGUCGGCACUAUCACGCCAGCCUCGCAAGCAACAACCACCGAACAGGUGGAGAUCUGCAAGGAUGGUGUUUACCACAAGGAAAUUGAAAAGGUUGGCGGCUCUCGAGGUGCUGUUGUGAACAGCAUGAACCGUCCCAUGUUCCACAUCGACCUGACAAGCGCUCUUCAAAGUGCUACGGUUAAUGCCCUGCAAUGA